AUGAGUCUGAAAAGCACAAAAAUCCAAUACCCAUUCUGGUAUGGCGGUUUCUCCAGCAUGGCAGCAUGCUUAGUGACCCAUCCGUUGGAUCUUGCAAAGGUACGAUUACAAACUGCAACCAUUCCUGGGCAAUCGCUAAUCUCCAUGUUGUAUCGUAUAAUAUCAAAUGAAGGAUUCUUCAAAAUCUACUCGGGGUUGACAGCGUCUCUUUUGAGACAAGCUACUUACUCUACAACUCGUUUUGGUAUAUACGAGGUACUCAAGGAAUACUAUAUCAAAGAAAGUCACAACCAACACCCCGGUACUCUUGUUUUAUUACCAAUGUCUAUGAUUGCUGGGGCAAUGGGUGGUCUUGUGGGUAAUCCAGCUGACGUUGUGAACAUCAGGAUGCAGAACGAUUCAACUUUGCCAAUUCAACAACGACGCAAUUAUAAAAACGCAUUUGACGGGCUAUACAAAGUAUGCAAAAAUGAAGGAGUUCAAUCCUUAUUUAGGGGAUUAUCUCCGAACUUGGUUCGAGGCGUGUUAAUGACUGCUUCGCAGGUUGUUACCUACGAUAUCGCGAAAGGUUUAUUGAUUGAUCACAUACAUAUGGAUCCAUCAAAGAAAUCCACUCAUUUUGGGGCUUCCUUGAUUGCAGGAUUAGUUGCAACCACAGUUUGCUCACCCGCAGACGUAGUGAAAACGAGAAUCAUGAACAGCAAAGGCAGCGGUCAAAACGCAAUUACUAUUCUUCAGAACGCAAUCAAGCAAGAAGGAAUUGGCUUCAUGUUUAGGGGUUGGCUUCCGGCUUUUAUCAGGUUGGGUCCCCACACCAUUGUUACUUUUUUGGUCUUGGAACAAUUGCGGAACUUGAAACUUGGAAUGUGA